AUGCGGUGGCUGGUGCUGGCCCUGCUCUGCCUUGGGCUCGGGGAGGGGAUGGUGAGGAUCCCGCUGAGGAAAGGCAGGUCCGUGCUGGAGGUGAUGAGAGAGAAGGGGAUGCCGGAGGGGUUCCUGAAGCAACUCAGAGGGGACCCCGGUAGGAAAUACCAGCUCAGUUACGCAGUGGCUUACGAACUGCUAACAAACUACCUGGAUUCCUUCUACUUCGGGGAGAUCAGCAUCGGGACCCCCCCGCAAAAUUUCCUGGUGCUCUUCGACACCGGCUCUGCCAACCUGUGGGUGCCCUCCACCUACUGCCGGACUCCAGCCUGCGCAAAUCACGCCAGGUUCAACCCCAGCCUGUCGUCCACCUUCUCGGGCAUUGGAGUGAACUACACCCUGAGCUACGGGUUCGGUGACCUGCUGGUGGUGUUAGGGUACGACACCGUGACAAUCCAGAACAUCAUCAUCAGGAGCCAGGAGUUCGGCCUGAGCCUGGCGGAGCCCAGCAGACCCUUUUACUACCUGGACUUCGAUGGGAUUUUGGGCAUGGCUUACCCGGGCGUUGGCAUCGGCGGUUACAACACGCUGGUGCAGAACAUGCUGGAGCAGAGCCUGCUCACCGACCCCGUCUUCAGCUUCUAUUACUCACGCAACCCGACAUAUAGUUACGGCGGGGAAGUCAUCCUCGGAGGGGCUGACCCCCAGCUGUACUCCGGGGAGGUUUUAUGGGCUCCCGUGGUCCAGGAAUUGUACUGGAAGAUCGGUAUUGAGGAGUUCUCCAUCGGGCUGUCAGCCACCGGCUGGUGCAGCCAAGGCUGUCACGGCAUCAUGGACACCGGGACGUUCCUGCUAGCUACCAUCCCAGGACAAUUCAUGUCAGCCUUCCUGCAGGCGCUGGGUGCGGAGGAGAAUGACUAUGGGUUCGUCGUCGACUGCAGCAGCGUCCCGAGCAUGCCCACCCUCUACUUUGCCGUCAGUGGAACCCAGUUACCGCUGCCUCCCUCCAUCUAUGUCUUAAACAACAAUGGCAUCUGCACCGUUGGGGUCGAGAGCACGUAUGUGCCCUCCGACAGCGGCCAGCCGCUCUGGAUCCUCGGCAACCUCUUCCUCCGGCAGUAUUACUCCAUCUUCGACAUGGCCAACAACAGAGUUGGCUUUGCCCUGUCAGCCUAG